UAAAAAAUUUACACAAAAGCAUAAACAAAAUCUUCAACAAAUAAAAUAAAAUUACACAAAACCCAUAAAACCCACAUCGACCCAUCGUCUUUCUAAACUCGACCUGUUUCUGUUAUUUCCCUCUUCUUCUUUGUUUCUUACUUUCAUUUGGCACGAUGUUGUAUUUUCCCUCCAUUACGUCGCCAAAUUAUUCUGUUUUGCCAACAACCACUGCUCCUCCUGAAUGAUUUGAGCAUGAAUUGGCUUGUCCCAAAGAAUCCACAAAAAGCAUUUCCAUUUCUAGCGAGUUCGAGAGAUGAAAUCCAGCCUCAGGUCUAUUGGGGAGAAGGGAAGCCAUGUCUUCAACCACAAUUUGAAGAUUUCCCAGUUGGGAAAAUCGGGUCGCAUUGAAGAAGCUGUUGCAGUUUUCUCGCAGAUGACUGAGAAGAACACUGUAUCGUACAAUUCGAUGAUCUCUGCCUAUGCCAAAAAUGGAAGGAUAGAGCAUGCACGGAAGUUGUUUGAUGUAAUGCCUCAGAGAAACUUGGUUUCAUGGAACUCCAUGAUCGCUGGGUACUUGCACAAUGACAUGGUUGAUGAAGCCGCUAAACUGUUUGAUAAAAUGUAUAAAAGGGACCUCUACUCGUGGACUUUGAUGAUAACUUGUUACACACGUAUUGGGGAGCUCGGAAAGGCGAGGGAGCUUUUCGAUUUGCUUCCUGAUAAGCAAGAUACUGUUUGUUGUAAUGCACUUAUUGCAGGUUAUGCUAAGAAGAGACGGUUCGACGAGGCGAAGAAACUGUUUGAUGGAAUGUUGGUCAAGAAUAUAGUUUCGUGGAAUUCUAUGCUAGCAGGCUACACCAAGAACGGUGAAAUUCAGUCAGGGCUGCAGUUCUUCGAAGCCAUGGGAGAAAGGAAUGUGGUUUCAUGGAAUUUGAUGGUGGACGGGUAUGUUGAGGUUGGUGAUCUGGACUCUGCCUGGAUGAUUUUCAGGAAAAUUCCGACUCCGAAUGCGGUGUCCUACGUGACAAUGUUUUCUGGUCUUGCGCAUUAUGGUUGGACCAAAGAGGCUCGGAAUCUCUUCGAUGAGAUGCCGAGUAAGAAUUUAGUUUCUUGGAAUGCUAUGAUUGGAGCUUAUGUACGAAACAACCAAAUUGACGACGCUUUUAAGCUAUUUAUGGAAAUGUCAGAAAGGGACUCUGUAUCAUGGACUACCAUGAUCAAUGGGUAUGUUCGAGUCGGUAAGCUUUCUCAGGCAAGGGAAAUUCUAGAUAUGAUGCCUUACAAGAAUGUUGCAGCUCAAACAGCAAUGAUCAAUGGAUAUGUGCAAAGUAGCAGAAUGGAUGAAGCCAAUGAGAUUUUUAAUCAAAUCUCCAUACGUGAUAGUGUUUGUUGGAAUACCAUGAUUACAGGCUAUACUCAUUGUGGAAGAAUGGAUGAAGCUCUCUGUUUGUUUCGAGAAAUGGUAGGCAAAGAUAUGGUUUCAUGGAAUACCAUGAUUGCUGGUUAUGCUCAAGCAAGACAGAUGGAUAAAGCGCUCGGGAUAUUUAAUGAGAUGCGAGUGAGGAAUAUCGUAUCUUGGAAUUCUCUGAUUACAGGAUAUGUGCAAAAUGAGUUCUACUACGAGGCACUGAAGCAUUUCGUAUUGUUGAAAGGGCAAGGAGAGGAGAAACCUGAUCAAUCAACUUUCGUGUGUUGCUUACGAGCAUCUGCCAAUCUUGCUGCUUUGAAAGUUGGAAUGCAACUUCACCAUCUCACUAUCAAGACAGGUUUUGGCCACAAUUUAUUUGUUAAAAACGCGAUCAUAACCAUGUAUACAAAAAGUGGGAGAGUCCUAGAUGCUGAAAGUGUCUUUGCUGAGAUCAACAAUAAAGAUGUGGUCUCAUGGAAUUCUUUGAUAGCUGGGUAUGCACUAAAUGGGUAUGGAAAAGAAGCUGUUGAACUUUUCGAAGAGAUGUCGAUAAGAGAAGUCAUUCCAGACGAAGUUACCUUCACUGGCUUGUUAUCUGCGUGUAACCAUGGAGGUUUUGUGGAUCAGGGUUUGAAAAUUUUCAAGUGCAUGACUGAGACAUACUUAAUAAAACCUUCAUCAGAGCAUUAUGCUUGUGUAGUUGAUUUGCUUGGUCGGGUGGGCAGGUUAGGAGAAGCCAUGGAAAUAGUAGAGGGUAUGAAAACUGUGUCAAGUGCAAAAAUAUGGGGUGCAUUGCUAUGGGCUUGCAGAAGACACCAGAAUUUAGAGCUAGCCAAGUAUUCAGCUGAGAGGCUUUUGGAACUUGAACCAGAAAAUGCCUCAAAUUAUGUACUAUUGUCAAACCUGCAUGCUGAGGCAAGGAGAUGGGAUAUGGUUGAGAGAGUCAGGGUUUUAAUGAAAGAAAAUAAGGCUGAGAAGCAACCUGGCUGCAGUUGGAUUGAAAUGGGUAAUCGAGUGCACUCGUUUGUAUCUGAAGGUCCAUCGGAAUUUCGAAGGCCUGAAAUUUGCUAUAUAUUAGAAACUUUGACUGCACAGAUAAGAAACACAGAGGGCAUGUUUGAUUAUAGGUGUAUACUUGAUAUAUUAUGAGAUAUAACUAACAGUUGAGUAAAUAGAGGCAGAGGGGUUUUAGAGAUUUUUCAUAUUCUUUUAUGUUUUAGAUGAACCAAUGUCAGAAGGGUCCUCUAGUGAUGUCAACCUUUCAAGGAGGGGAGACUUGAAC